AUGGUUAUUAAAAGCACUCUGUUAGUGUGCUUGAUCAUCUGUUGCCAAAGUAGUCAUGUUAGAGCUGCGUCAGAGUGUACGGGCGCUAUAGUCGCUUCAGUGUUUGGUACAAUAGGUGUGAUUCUUCUUAUCGCAGGUAUUGCGAUACUGGUUUGGUGUUGUCGCCAAAAAAGAUCAGGUAAUGAUAGUUUAUUUGCCUAGAUGUUAACUUGUUUCAGUUUAUUCUAUUGAAUUUCUAUUUCAAAAGGCGCUGCUCACAUUUGAGUUCUUUUGCUGCAGGAAAACUCUCGUCAAGGUCUUCAAUAGAAACCGCCAGUGAACCAGAAAUUUCUCUCGGCACAAAAGCCAAAGGUGGUCAGAUUGGUUUAAAUGGUCAUGGAACUCCGGUAACUUUUUCACAUCACUACAAAGAAGAAGCACCAUCUGCUGGUAAGAAAAAUGGGAAUAGUGGAUACAAUCCUGUCCGUACCAUUUCAGUUUAUAUCGAAUCAUCUGCAUACUUAAAAUUGCUAUGAUACGCGUCCAAACUUGUCAGUUUUCUCUUUCUAGUUUAAGAGUGCCUCUUAAGCUCGAGUUUUAGCUGCUUGCAACAGUCGUGUAUUUCGAAGAAAGUAAGGCGUAGCUAUUUUAUCAUUAUUACUAUUAUUAUUAUUUUUAUUAUUAUUAUUAUUAUUAUUAUUAUCAUCAUUUUUGUCGUGAUUUAGGCAUAAGUAUGCCUUGUAUUGGCUUCCAUACUCGUGAAUUCACUGAGGUGAUUGUCUACAGCACUUUUCAAACGAUGAAAUGAUCAUUUUUUAAUCACUGCAUCAACUACGUUCACAAUCACUUUUUUCAACUGAGUGAAGUUCCUUUAGUAAGAAGUUGACAAUGUUACAAAAGACGGUGACUGAAUAUUUCAGAUGCUCGAUGAGAAUAUGACAGCAAAGAAUAUUUUCUCUGUGCAGCACUGAAGCAUGUCGAAAUUGGAGCUGUGCUUUAACCCAGUUCGUUCUAUUUCAGAACUUAUAAGUUACCAACCGUUCAAUUGAAACCUUGGCACUCUGCAACUAGGAUGUCUUUGUGUUAAAAUGUCUUUCCUUGUUUCAACAACAAACCCUCACCUACGUUGUCACCGAAGUGUUCAUUGUCCUUUAGCUCAUUUCCAUAAAUGUCAUUAUCUUUUUCGAGAUUACUCGAGCACUGAAAGUUUGAAGAAUCUAGAAAGCCCUCGCUCUAUGGCUUGUUAUUUCACUGAUUGAUCAUGUCACGUAUAUAACAAACGCUUGGAUAACGCUAUUUUAAAAAAAUACUAAGUUAUAAGAGUUUUGUAUAUAUUUGCUCAUGAUUUUCGACUUUUUGAGGAAAGAAUAGUCAUUACAUCGCUUGGCGGUGAAUAUUUGUAUAAUGUUGGUUGCCCAGAGUUCCAUAGAAGGUGACAGAAGUUUACAGAUACAUCGAAACGUCUUGCACACCGCAUGACAGUCAUACUUUGCGCAUUGCGUCAGUUUAAAAUGCAUAGAUACAGAUUGAUCUGGAGAUUUCAGGGAUGAGACCUUCUUAAUGUGGAGCUUACAAAACUUUAAAUUACCUAACCUAACACACAAGGUCAUUCAAAAGAAAGAGGUCAUAAGGAAUGAAAAGUAUCUCCUGAAUAAUCCAGACGCAACCUCAUCCUCCGACAUUCAAUCGCACGAGAUUUAGGAACACCCAUCGGCAAAAAUACACAACAGCCUAAGCCACGACAUAUUCAGAACAAUACUAUAACUUAAUAAAAUCGCUGCAACAUUUUUCCAUCUCCCGUCUGUUUCAAUGGAAAAUUUUUUCUAUUGUUCGAUGCUUUGUUUCUUUUGAAAUUGGUUCCACUCGGUGAGCUUCAGGAGUCUUUUAAUUUUGUUGACACUCGCUGUUUUUGUAGUCAGGAUUCAAAUUUAACGUUUCUUUAUAAGUGUCUAUUUAGAACCCAGGUCGGAGAGAUCUGUAGUGAAAUUGAAGCUUCUCUCCGAAGAUUAUCUGCGUUAUUUGUGUAAAAUGAAAUAGCCGCAUGACCAUGUAAUAAGUGGAACUGUAAUUAUUGGUUUGUGCCCUACGUUAUUAGAUAUACUAUUUAAACAAAUAAGACUGGUUUUUUUCGUUAGUAGUGUUUUGCUUGGAAAGUAAUGCAUCUUGUGUGAAUAAUAGAUUGAUUGCAUUAGGAAGGUUUAUAAUGUUUAAUCUUAUUUAAAUAUGCUUCAGAUUUUUCUCAAUUUGUGUGACGUAGUUUCUUUCUGAACGUUGAUGUUCCUUUUUUAUUUGACAACUACUUCGCUUGUCUACAUUCGGCAACGAUCCUUUAAAUUUUGGCUAAUGGCUAAAUAACCCACGAUUGUGAUUUUGUUUGUUUGUUUGCUUGUUUGUUUCGAACAGCGUACAACACAAGGGGAGUUGUUAAUCCAGCAUUUGGUGGGCAGCGAGAAGUACUGAUUGAAAUGCCUUCUAGAGACGAUGGCGAAGUCAAAAUUGACAUGGAUGGAGAUGGUAAAUUCAAACUUCCUUCUUGUAACGAAGGGGAGGUAAAAAUUGAUAUGGGCGGAGAUCCAGACAAGGAAAUUCCUACUGUAAAUCUUGACAUGGACACCGAUCUUGGCAUGAAUGUGGCAAAUGGAAGCAGCCUCAAAAUGUCUCCAAGAGAUGCUCAGCUCUCGGAUGUUGAGUUCCAACAUAACAAACCAUCAGGAACAGGUUUUCCGGGCGGGAAUAUUCCUGGUUCAGACGUUGAUAUUGCCUUUGAGGGCUCCUCCAAACCAACCUUUAACGUGGACGCACCAAGGAAUAUGGUUAGCGAUGUUCUUUAAGUUUUGAAUUAAGUCCAUAUCAGUUUCUACGUAUUUGACCGCACUCCUCAAGAUUCAAUUCUUCUGUUUCGUUAAUGUAGAGCCAUAGCUAUACUUGCAAUACGAAGUCGGUAUGUCCACAGCAAAGUUAACUUAACUCGGGGCCAUAGUUAUAAGUCACUUUGCAGAGAAAAAUUAUCGCCUAAAAUGUUUUACUUUCUUUUUUCCUUAUGGUUAAAUAAAACCACACAAAACGUCUGUUGCAUAGGAGUUUUGAAAAAAAAUAAAUAUAAGCAGUCUCACUCUUUCAUCCAAUAUUUAGCGCUUUCCGCCUUUCGAACAUCUUAGCCCGUAUGGACGUAUGGAAAUUUUCAGUUACCGAAAAAACUAGAAUAAAAAGAUAGGAAUAAAAUUGAUCAGAGCGCUUUUGCUUAUUCAAUAAAUACUUCAAGUCUAGUCUAUUGUGGGCAUAAAAAUGACCUGCAUUAUCCAAGAUAGAUCUCUCACCCUUAUAAGAGCCAAAUGCUGUCGCUCUUAUAUAAUAGUUGAAUAAUGUACUUGCUAAUUGCUAUUAUCAAUAUUUGUCAACAUCAUUAUAGUUUUUAUUGCAGUUGUCAUUAUCAUUAUUAAUGUUAUAAGCAUUACCAGUAUAAAUGACUCUCUUUCCUGAGAAACACACAUCAGCUUUAAUCUUCACCCCCAAAAAGACUUUUUUAUAUAUAUCUCUUGCUUAUCCGUCGUUUUCGACAGGAAACCAUUGAUGUUGAUCUCGACCGACCUGAAAGUGGUGGCUUUGGACUCUUGAUUGCGAGGGACAAGACUUUGCCACCUCCUGCUUUAUUCGUAAGAGAAGUAACACCCGGUGGUGUUGCUGCGAGAACAGGUCUCCUGGAUAAAGGUAACGACACUGUACGUUAUAUUUACGUAUGUUACACAAGGAUGAUCGUAAACAUUUCACCUCAGAAAUUUUACGCGGUAACAGAGCGACACCAUAAUUGACGAAUUUUAAUUCAUGGUGAACAUGGCAAUUUCUCGCCAAAAAAAAAAACCUGAAACAUCUUCAGAGACCUCGCUGCAAUUUGAAAAGAUAUUCUUUUUCUCAAAUUUGUUUGAUAUGAUAAAUUGUCAUAAUUCAAGGUACUCUAUUUUGAAGAUUUUAUUCGCAAAACACGUAGUACUUAAUGAAAACUAACUAGAAAGCAGACCAAAAGUCAUCAAUAUUCCUCCAGAAAAGGUCACCCUUCUAAUUUGUUAUCUCCAAGGUGAUAAGAUCAUUGGUAUCAAUGGAACUCCGAUCGAGGGCCUAGCUCAUGACAAAGCAAUGCACCUUCUUCGCAAUGAUGACAAACCAAGGCUAAGACUGACACUGUUGAAAAACCUCUCGCCAGGACAAAAUGGUAGGUAGUCUGUUUAGCCUCAUGGUAUUUAAGUUAUUCUACAACAGGAAUUCGCGAGAAAUAGGCGUCGAAAACCAAAUUAUGCGUGUUAACAUUUUCACGUUGACUCUAUGCUAGAAGUUGGCAUAUUAUUUGUAUUUGAGAAUUGAGAAUGAAUUGAAAUGAUAAAGCGAAAUGAUAAAGUUUGUAAUAUAAAGAACUGACACGAUUCCAUAAAAUAGAAUGCACCAUAAUGCCAUUAUAUCUCUUCUCACCGAUAGGUUCACUGGACUUAUCGGAGAGAUCGCGGGAUCUAUCCAAGACGAUUGACGAAUCCUGUGCAAUUGACUUGGAACCGGGACUAGAGGCAGGGAGCCCCUCCCUUGAUGUCGAAGGAUUGCAAGGCAGUGCAGAUUUAGGAGAGACGGAGACUUCACUGAGUAAACCAGAAUUCGAGGGGGAUAUACCACAGGCGCGUAUUGCUGGGCCGAAUAUGAAACCACACAAUCUUCAAGGUUCACCUUCAAACCUGAGCUUGCCUUCACCUAAGACUAAGCGUGCGAAAUGUUUCUCCUGUGUAUCCAAAGGAGACAAAGGGGAGCCUUACACCAGAGGGAAGACAAGUAAUAGAAUGGAUUGGGACAGACCGAGUGAUGAUUGCUCUGUUGAUAUUAAUGAGGGUGGUAAAUUUACAGAUAAUUUGAGAGUCAGAGAACCUGGCAUUUCUAUUCCGGCCAAAAAUGUCACGGGAGAAAUUACGGGACCAUCGCUUGACGAAGAGCAAAGGGAUUUAGGAUCCAAUGUACAGCUAGAUAGCUAUUCGCCAAAUAUCAAAACGUCGCAAGGUAGACUAAAAACACAGCUAUCUGGGCCAAGUGUCGAUGCUUCAUCUGGGGUGCUCAAGGGCUCAAAGGAAAAUGUUAACGUUCCUGCCGCUGGUGGGUUGAAUUUGCCUUCCUCAAAGAAAAAGCGUGGUAAUUGUUUCUCGUGUGCAGGAGACGGAAAUAAAGAAGACCCAUACAGAAAGACUAAGGGAAAUGUUGGCUUCGACCUGAGCGGCCCUGAUGGAUCACCAGAAAUGGUGGAACCCAGAAAAAUGGACAUAACCGCUUCUGCACCUGAGUUUCAUGAACUUGGAGAAACCAACGACCUGGACCUCAGAACAACUGGACCAGACUUUCAUAUCGAGGGACCAAACAAAGGAAUCUCAACGAGACUGCCAGAGGUUUCCCUCCAAGCAAAAGACCCAAGAACAAAUACCCCAGAUGUAUCGCUUCCAUCAGGAAGCACUACUAUCGGCCUCUCUGGAUCGGGGAACAUGUCUUCAGAACGCCCUAAAGUUGAAAUAGAUGCUAAUUCCCCAGAAAUAGAUGGUCCAAAAGGAAGAUUCGAUACAGAAAUUUCGGCCCCACAUGCUGAUAUAUCACAUGGUAAACCGGGAGGCCCUGAGGCAAAAGUUACCGCACCUUCUGGACAGUUGAAUUUGCCAUCUUCAAAGAGAAAGCGAGGUACUUGUUUGUCGUGUGCAGGAGACGCGGAUAAAGACGACCCGUACAGAAAGACUCAAACUCAAGGAAGUGUCGGCUAUAACCUUAGCGGUCCUGAUGGAUCACUAGAGAUGGAAAAACCUAGCAAAAUGGACAUAAGUGCCUCUGCACCAGACUUCCAAGGACACGAAGAAACGAAAGACUUGAGCUUCAAAACAACUGCACCAGAUUUUGACAUCGAAGGACCAAACAAAGGCAUUUCUACGGGGCCGCCAGAAAUUUCACUGCAUACAAAAGAUCCAAGUAUAAAUACCCCAGAUGUAUCUAUUCCAUCAGGAAGUACUGAUAUCGGCCUCUCUGGGACAGGAGACAUUACUUCAAAACGACCCAGAGUUCAAGCAGAAGCCAAUUCCCCAGACAUCGAUGGUCCAAAAGGAAGAUUCGAUACAGACAUAUCAGCCCCAAAUGCUGAUAUAUCACAGGGUAAACUGAGAGGCCCUAGUGCACAAGUUGACGCUCCUUCCGGAAAGUUGAAUGUGCCUUCUAUCAAGAAAAAGCGCGUUAAUUGUUUGUCUUGUGCGGGAGAUGAUGACAAAGACGGCCCUUACGGAAAGACAAGAGGAAAUGUUGGCUAUGACUUCAGCGGCCCUGAUGGAUCAAUGGAGAUGGAAAAACGUAGCAAAGUGGCCCUAAAUACUUCCAGGCCUGAUUUUCAAGGACAUGCAGUAACGAAAGACAUAGGUCUCAAAACAAGUGGACCAGACUUUGAUAUCGAAGGACCAAACAAGCAAAUCUCAACGGGACCGACAGAAAUUUCCCUUCACGCAAAAGAUCCGAGUAUUAAUGCCCCAGAUGUAUCUUUUCCGUCGGGAAACACUCAUAUUGGCCUUUCUGGAGAAGGGGAAAUUUCUACAGAACGACCUAGAUUUGAAAUAGAAGCAAAUUCCCCAGAUAUCAAUGGCCCGAAAGGAGGAUUCGAUACAGACAUAUCAGCCCUAGGCGCUGAUAUAUCACAUGGUAAAAUGAGGGGCCCUAAAGCACAAGGUAACGCACCUUCUGGAGAGCUGAAUUUGCCUUCUACUAAAAGAAAGGGUGUAAAUUGUUUAUCGUGUGCGGGAGAUGGGGAUAAAGACGACCCUUACAAAAAGAGUAAGGGAAAUGUUGGCUUCGAUGAUCUGAACGGCCCUGAUGGAUCACUAGUGAUGGAAAAGCCUAGAAAAGUGGACAUAAGUGCUUCUGCACCUGAUUUUCAAGGCCAUGAAGAAACAACUGACUUGGGAUUCAAAACAACUCGACCAGACAUUGAUAUGGAAAGACCGAACAAAAGAAUCUUAACAGGGCUGCCAGAAGUUUCCGUCCACGCAACAGAUCCAAGUGAAAAUGCCGCAGAUGUAUCUAUACCAUACGGAAGCACUGAUAUCGGUCUUUCUGGAGAAGGGAACAUUUCUAAAAAACGAUCAAGCGCUAAAAAAGACGCCAAUUACCCAGGCAUCGAUGGUCCAGAAGGAAGACUCGGUACAGACAUUUCAGCCCCAGAUGCUAACGUAUCACACGGUAAACUGAGAGGCCCUACAGUACAAGGUAAUGCUCCUUCUGGGGAGCUAAAUUUGCAUUCUACUAAGAGAAAGGGCGUAAAUUGUUUGUCUUGUGCUGGAGAUGGGGACAAGGACGACCCGUACAAAAAGAGUAAGGGAAAUGUUGGUUUCGACCUGAGGGGCCCUGAUGAAUCACUGGAGAUGAAAAAACGUAUUCCAUCAGGCAGCACUAAUAUCGGCCUCUCUGGAACGGAAGACAUUUCUUCAAAACAACCUAAAGUUGAAAUUCAAGCCAGUUCCCCAGAUAUCGAUGGUCGAAAAGGAAGAUUCAAUACAGACACUUCAGACUUUGAUAUUGAAGGAGAAAACAAACGAAUCUCAACGGGACCGCCAGAAAUUUGCCUCCCCGAAGAAGAUCCAAGUAUAAAUACCCCAGAUAAAACUUUUCCACCAGGAAGCACUAAUAUCGGUCUCUCUAGAACAGGAGACAUUUCUUCAAAACGACCGAAAGCUAAAAUAGAUACCAAUCCCAUAGACAUCGAUGCUUCAUCUGGGGUGCUCAAGGGCUCAAAGGAAAAUGUUAACGUUCCUGCCGCUGGUGGGUUGAAUUUUCCUUCCUCAAAGAAAAAGCGUGGUAAUUGUUUCUCGUGUGCAGGAGACGGAAAUAAAGAAGACCCAUACAGAAAGACUAAGGGAAAUGUUGGCUUCGACCUGAGCGGCCCUGAUGGAUCACCAGAAAUGGUGGAACCCAGAAAAAUGGACAUAACCGCUUCUGCACCUGAGUUUCAUGAACUUGGAGAAACCAACGACCUGGACCUCAGAACAACUGGACCAGACUUUCAUAUCGAGGGACCAAACAAAGGAAUCUCAACGAGACUGCCAGAGGUUUCCCUCCAAGCAAAAGACCCAAGAACAAAUACCCCAGAUGUAUCGCUUCCAUCAGGAAGCACUACUAUCGGCCUCUCUGGAUCGGGGAACAUUUCUUCAGAACGCCCUAAAGUUGAAAUAGAUGCUAAUUCCCCAGAAAUAGAUGGUCCAAAAGGAAGAUUCGAUACAGAAAUUUCAGCCCCACAUGCUGAUAUAUCACAUGGUAAACCGGGAGGCCCUGAGGCAAAAGUUACCGCACCUUCUGGACAGUUGAAUUUGCCAUCUUCAAAGAGAAAGCGAGGUACUUGUUUGUCGUGUGCAGGAGACGCGGAUAAAGACGACCCGUACAGAAAGACUCAAACUCAAGGAAGUGUCGGCUAUAACCUUAGCGGUCCUGAUGGAUCACUAGAGAUGGAAAAACCUAGCAAAAUGGACAUAAGUGCCUCUGCACCAGACUUCCAAGGACACGAAGAAACGAAAGACUUGAGCUUCAAAACAACUGCACCAGAUUUUGACAUCGAAGGACCAAACAAAGGCAUUUCUACGGGGCCGCCAGAAAUUUCACUACAUACAAAAGAUCCAAGUAUAAAUACCCCAGAUGUAUCUAUUCCAUCAGAAAGUACUGAUAUCGGCCUCUCUGGGACAGAAGACAUUACUUCAAAACGACCCAGAGUUCAAGCAGAAGCCAAUUCCCCAGACAUCGAUGGUCCAAAAGGAAGAUUCGAUACAGACAUAUCAGCCCCAAAUGCUGAUAUAUCACAGGGUAGACUGAGAGGCCCUAGAGCACAAGUUGACGCUCCUUCCGUAGAGUUGAAUGUGCCUUCUACAAAAAGAAAGGGCGUUAAUUGUCUCUCGUGCGCGGGAGAUGGGGAUAAAGCUGACCCAUACAGGAAGACUAAGGGAAAUGUUGGCUAUAACUUCGGCGGCCCUGAUGGAUCACUAGAGAUGGUGCAACCCAGCAAAAUUGACACAACUGCUUCUACGCCUGAUGUCGAUAGACCUGCAGCAACAAAAGAACUCGAACUCAGAACAGCUGAACCAGACCUUGAUUUCCAUGGACAAAUCAAGGGAAUCUCCACAGGAACGCCGGAGAUUUCACUUCAUGGAAAGGAUCCAAGUAUAAAUACCCCUGAUGUAUCUAUGCCAUCGGGAGACACAGGUUUCAACCUUUCUAGAACAGGAAACGUUUCGUCUGAAAGACCAAGCGUUGAAGUACAAGGCAAUUCCCCAGGCAUUGAUGGACCAGAAGGAAGAUUUGAAAGAGACAUUUCAGGCCCGGAUGUUGAUGUAUCAGAUGGUAAACUACAAGGCCAUAGAGCAACAGUUAACGCACCUUCAGGAGAGUUGAAUUUGUCAUCUUCAAAGAAAAGGCGCGUUAAUUGUUUGGCUUGUGCAGGAGAUGGGGACGAAGAGGACCCAUAUAGAAAGACUAAGGGGAGUGUCGGCUACAACAUCAGCGGCCCUGAUGGAUCACUGGAGAUGGAAAAACCUAGCAAAGUGGACAUAAGUACUUCUGGGCUUGAUUUUGAUGGACGUAAAACGACUGAAGGGCUAGAACUCAGUACAAUUGUACCAGAUGUUGACUCUCAAGGGCCGAAGAAAGGAAUAUCUUUGGAGCCUCCCGACAUCUCAGACAACUUUACAGAUACAGAUCCAUCUGCUGAAAAAUCAAAGAUUUGCUUGAAUUCCCCUGUAUUAUAUGAUCCAAGCAUCGGAGGUUCAGGAUUUGAUGCACCUAAAAAUUCAUAUGAGACGUCAACGAUUUCGGGGUCCUCGCUAGGGAGAAUUUUUGAUAACACUGAUAUACAAAGGUCCAAGUUUGACCUAGAUGCUUUAAAUAUUGAAAAACCAGACUUUGGAUCGGAACCACCCAGUAGAGGUGCAGGAAUACAAGAUAUAAAAGGACCAGACUUCUCACAUGAAAAGCAUGACUUAUCUGGACCAUCAAUGGGCAGAGUAGAGAACGAUAUUGGAAUUGAUGGGUUCGACCCAAGCAUGAAUUCGUCAAGAGUCUCUGUUGAGAGGCCAGAUAUAUCUGGGCCCUCGUUUGACACCACAGCUAGUGAUAUUGAUCUCGGAGUAGCAGACAAACCAAGCACUGACUCAGAUGGAUUUGACAUACCUAAACCUAGAGGCAAAGAAAUGCACAGAACUAAAUCAGAUAUCUUCAUGCCAUCAGCAGGCGGAAUAAGUGUUCAUGCUCCAGCUGUAGACCUACGGCAACAAUUAGAGGCUGACAUGAAGGGAUUAGAUGUUGAUGCACCGGAAUUAGAUUUCACUGUAUCAUCACCAAAUAAAAAACGAGCAUCGUUAGAACCAGUUGACAUGAAAGGUCUUAGAGGGAAGAGUUUUGAAGGUGAUGUUGAUUGGGGUAUCAGUACCUCAACACCCAAAGAUUCUGGUGGCAUAGACUUUGACGCAAAUCCGGUCGAAGGCGAUGUAGAAUUCGCAAGUACCUACGAUAACAUCGAACUCCACAGUAAACCAGAGUCUCUCCCCUCGGUAGCGUACGAAGAACCACACAGUCUUCAACGUUACGAUGAAAUACGACCAGAAAUGGAACUGAGACUGUUGUCACCAAAUCAACCCAACGAAUCUGAUCUAAACUUCGAUGCAGACAUCUCAGAUGCAAACCUUCAUGUGGAUAAUUGGAAGCCAGGUGAAAUGAACCUGGUAAAAGUCGAAGAAAACGUAACAGUUUGUUCAGCAUCAGUCCAGGAGCCUUCUUCUCCAAGCAGAAUAUUAACUCUAGAUCGCGAAAUUAAGCAAAGAAUUGAACUUGAACUCCCGGGCCAUGAAGGUACAGAUACACCAUCUUCAUUAAAGAGAAAAAGUAAUUCAUCUUCAUCAUCCUCCUCAUCCUCUUCUGAUGCCGAGGAUGACAAGGAAAAGAAGUCAAAACGAAAAAAGAAGUCCAAACUACCACAGGUGUUCCGAAAGAGUUCAAACAGCUCAGCAUCGUCCAAGGAGAGUGGUUCCUCGUCCAAAAAGAAAGCGAGCGAACGGAAAUCCUCAACAAGUUCUUCUUCAUCAGAUGACGAUAACGAAGAUCAAAACCGUCCCGCAGCUGAUUUUGUUUCAGGAUUGAAUUUGAAAAAGCAAAAACCGAAAACAAGCUCAUCUUCUUCGUCCUCCGAUGAAGGUUCCUUUGGCCUUAAUCAUCAAGACUUACUUAAAAGAAAGAAAUCGAGGCGUUCAUCAUCAUCUGAUGAAGCGAAAGAAAAUGACAAGAAAAAGCAGACCUACAAAGUGGAUGACAGAACAUUUACCUCAGUGGCUGAUGAAAUAAAGGAACCAGGAAAGUCAGGAUCGAUAACAUUUGAUAUUCAAGAAGAAGUAACUCAUGACUCGUUGAUGCUAAGCGGCAAAAUAUCAUCAAAAGAGCAGAAACCUACGAGUUCCUCGUCUUCGUCGGAUGAAGAGAUCUCAAGUUACAACGUCAGCGAGUUGAAUGAUCUACCCAAGGCAAAAGAUCAAGCAACCACAGAAACGAAACGGGAAGAAGAUGACCUUCCUUCUUCAUUGGACCUAUCACUCCAUCAGUACAAAGCAGUGGACUAUGUUGUAACUCAUAAUUACGCAUCCGAAACACAAGAUACAAAUCCCUCAGGUGUAGAAGAGGAUCCUUUUGUAGUUGUAUCUCGCUCCCUUAAAAGACCAUAUCAAGACACUGAACACGAGGAUGAAUUGACAGUAAGUUCUAUAGAACUUCAAUUUAACGAGCCACCAGGAGAGGUUUCCAAUCAUCUGGACUAUCCUUGCCGAGUCGCUCAGGUUGAAGAGGACGAUGGCGCAUUCGUGCAAGAAGAAGGCGUUGUCCCAUUGUUUAAGUUUCGGUCAUUGGACUACGAUGUCCCAGAUGUGUCGGUUCUAUCGAAGCCUUCUAAGGAAAGUGAUGCACCAAAUUUGUUAUCACCUAACCAAAGGGACCGCGUGUCUCCUACAUGGGACAUACAAGCCCAUACUUUUGAGGAUGUAUCUCAUGUAACAAUUCAAGAUGACCUGCCAACGGGGGAUGAAAAUCAUGAGAUCCGUGAACAAUCGCUUAUUAUAGUGACACGCUCUCUUAAGAGGACGUCACCUGUUAUUGAAGACGCAGAUGACAUCAGGGAGGAAAAAUCUCCAAAUUUCUCUAACUCUAUGGAGAUUCAAGCUACUGAACCUAGCCAUGACUUCUACCUUGAAUAUCCGCAAAAUAAUAAAGUAUUCUUACUCGAUGAACAGAAUGGCCAUCUGACAGAUGAAGAACAAAUCUCACAGCACACAAAGGAAAGAGAAAUACCAGACAUUUCAGCGCAGCUAGCCGCAUUAAAUUAUACUGAAGAUGAACCUCGAUUAAAAAGCGAUUCACCCACAAAAGCUGAAGACAAUGUCAAAUCGCCAAGGGAGAAAAGCCCUAAAGAAAUUUCGAGGCGAGGUUCCAACUCUCGUCUUUGGGAUUUAAUGCAAGGUUAUCUAAUUGAGCAGCCUAUACUCAGCGAUAAUGACACAAAUUCGGAAUCAAGAUCAAAGAACACGGAAGAACACAACGAAGAGGGAGAACAGGUUUUUUACGAAACCAAGCCCAUAGAAAUUAUAGACAGCAGCAUUUCGGAAAAAACUCAAGAAUCCCUUAAUGUGGUGACCUACCAAAUCCACAUCGACGACCACGAACAUCCUAAAGAAAGAAGUGGUGUUUUAGAAGAUGGAGACACAGCGCUAAAGGCUUCCAAACCUGAUCUCGUUUCUUUUGAUGCGAAACCUGUCGAAGACAGUCGUGCUACCACAAGCUACAGCACAUCAAUAACAAAGGUGGAAAGCAGUUUUGCCUAUGUUAACUUGACACCCGUAAUGACCGAGACGGAUUCUGAAUUGGGCGCUGUUGAUCGAUUAGACACGGCGAAAGAUGAACACCAUACAUCAGUUACAGACGUUAAAAGCAGUGUUCAGGAAGUAACGGUCAUAUCAAAUUCGUCUCAAAUUGAACCCAUUUCUCUACAAGUGGAUAUUGGUGCGAUAAAACCUGUUUCCAAAUACCAAACUACUUCAUGGAAAAAGGAAGUUUCUGUUCCUGCCGAUGUGGAUGACAAGAAUGACGAUCCCUGGAUGAGGCAUUAUUCCAGAGGAUUACAACAAGGCACCCUCUACCAGCCACUGUAUGCAAAAUCACCAGAGAGAGACCCAUAUCUUGGUGAAAGACGUGGCGUAAGUUUGUCCAAAGUACCACAUGUUAAAGGUGUCAAGACGUCAGGCGAAAAAGAGCGUGAAAGAUCGAGGUAUUCCAUCGAGGGCCGAACUAGCAUCCAAUCAGCGUCCUACCAAGUAAGUACAGAUGGUAAAUCUAUGCUUCGAGGAUUGGAAGCAGUUCCCAGAGUGCGAACACCCGAGAGUCUCUUUUCUAGCCGAGAUGACAGAGAGCAAUCGCAAAAGAGCCAACCUGAGAGUGUUGGAGGAGACCCGUCAACAGGAGCGUCCACAAGUGGCCCUUCCGUACAAAGUUUGCGUUCCUUUUGGGAUAAAUGA